ACCGGUUCUGUGAGUUUGGCAUCGCUAGUCAGAUCCGAACAGAUCACAUUACAUAAACAGCGUCAUUUAAACACUUGAACUGUCAUUUCAGCGACACUAGGAGGGACGGCUCACCUCAUCAACAUGACAGAAAACAUAGUCAUCCGUGUCCAGUCUCCAGGGGGAAUGAAAAAAAUCCCAUCAACGAAGCGUGAGACAGCUGCAGCGUUCCUCAAGAAGGUUGCCAAAGAGUUUGGCUUCAGUUCAAAUGGCUUCUCAGUCUACAUGAACCGGAACAAGACUGAAGAGGUCCUGUCACAGAACAAGGCCCUCAGCUUACUGAAAAUCAAGCAUGGCGACAUGCUUUUCCUCUUCCCAUCUUCAGUUGGUCCCUCCAGUGAGAAUAUGGACACUGCUCAGCCUCACACUUCUUCUUCCUUCCCCUCCUUCCCUUCUUCCUCCACCUCAUCUUCCUUAUCCCGCUCGCACUCUGCACCACAGAUCCCAGAAGAUGAGAUCGACCAGUAUCUGUCCAAACAGGAGGGAAAGAUCUACAGAAACAGAGACCCACAGCUGUGCCGGCAUGGUCCCAUGGGGAAAUGUGUGCACUGCGUACCUUUGGAGCCUUUUGAUGAAGACUAUCUAAACCACCUUGACCCACCAGUCAAGCACAUGUCCUUCCAUGCCUACAUACGGAAACUCACUGGUGGUGCAGACAAGGGGAAGUUUGUUGCACUUGAGAACAUUAGCUGUAAGAUUAAAUCUGGCUGUGAGGGGCAUCCGCCCUGGCCAGAGGGCAUCUGUACCAAGUGCCAGCCCAGCGCCAUCACCCUCAACAGACAGAAAUAUAGACAUGUGGACAACAUAAUGUUCGAGAACCACACCAUUGCUGACCGAUUUCUCGACUUCUGGAGAAAGACGGGUAACCAGCGGAUGGGUUACCUGUAUGGUCGCUACACAGAGCACAAAGACAUCCCUCUUGGUAUCCGCGCAGAGGUGGCUGCCAUUUAUGAACCACCCCAGAUUGGAACCCAGAACAGUCUUGAGUUUAUUGAGGAUCCAAAGGCUGAAGCAGUUGAGCAAAUUGCUGCCAAGUUGGGCCUGCGGAAGGUGGGGUGGAUUUUUACAGAUCUACUGUCAGAGGACACAAGGAUAGGCACUGUCCGCUACAGCAGAAACAAGGACUCCCACUUUCUGAGUGCAGAGGAGUGCAUCACAGCUGGGCACUUCCAGAACCAACAUGCCAACCCAUGUCGGCUUUCCCCAGAUGGGCAUUUUGGAUCCAAGUUUGUUACAGUGGUUGCAACAGGUGGUCCCGAUAACCAGGUUCACUUUGAAGGGUACCAGGUGUCCAAUCAGUGCAUGGCUCUGGUGAGGGAUGAAUGUCUACUUCCCUGCAGAGAUGCUCCUGAACUUGGCUAUGCCAAAGAGUCCAGCACAGAGCAGUAUGUCCCUGAUGUCUUUUAUAAGGAUAAAGACAAAUUCGGCAAUGACAUCACAUAUUUAGCUCGACCGCUACCAGUGGAGUACUUGAUUAUUGAUAUCACAACAACUUUCCCAAAAGACCCAGUGUUCACGUUCUCUUCCACUCUCCGCUUCCCCAUUGAAAACAGAGAUGCUCUGGGAGAGACUCAGGACUUCCACAGUUUAGCAACAUAUCUUUCCCAGUGUUCUUCCUCCACAACCUUCCUGGACAUCGUCUCAGACUUCCACCUGCUCCUCUUUCUUGUCACCAAUGAGGUCAUGCCCUUGCAGGACAGUAUUGGGCUUCUGCUGGAUGCAGUGAAGACAUCCAAUGAGGAACUGGCUCAGACCUGGAAGAAAUCCGAGCAGUGGGCCACCAUUGAGCAGCUCUGCAGCACAGUGGGCGGGCAGCCAUCUGGAUCUCUGGAUUAUGCCAUGGGCGGGCCAGCUGUCCCACAAUCCUCAUCAGCUGUGUGGUCCUGCCUCCACUGCACCUUUAUGAACCAGCCUGGCACUGAGCACUGCGAGAUGUGUAGUUUGCCUCAAAGCUAAACAAAAAAAAACCUUCAGAUUCGGGCUGCACCACUCAUCCCACCGGGAACAGCAGUGAGAGAGUGCUUUCCUGUAUUUCUGCCGUUUUAGUAUGCCUAAUCCUUAACUCCUCAAAUCCGAAAUGCCGAUGCCGGCAUGUACUUGAAUGUGCGGCCAAUCAAAUGCGUGAGCUGCAUUAUUUCGAUGAUUGGUGGCUGAAGAAUAUGGGUUGUACCCAUGUAGCACUCUCUGUGUGAAACCAGUGCAUUCUGGGACUUUUAUUUGGGCAAAGCUCCUUCCACACAUCUCAUCUCCCUUAGCGGUCCAAUGUAACUUUUCGGCACCAUUGGUGAAAAAUUAUCAAUCCCCCCAACUCCAACUGAGGAUGUUGUGUAUAUAAUAAACAGAGAUGGAAUAAUACUGUUAUUUAAUUUCAAAUGAAACUUUUUUUGACGCUAGUUGUAUGUUGAGAGAAAUGCAGUUCAAUCUCAUUUUCAGGAAAAGUGUUCGGCCUGUUAGCUUGCACACCAAAACUUGUACAAUAAACACUGUACUGACCUUUUCACAUCGCACUGAUUUCUUUGAUUUUCAACAGUAGUGUUGCACAUUCAGAACACUUUCUUAAUGUGCGUUCUAUUUUCUCAUUAUUUUUCACAAUUCACUUUUGAUUGGUGGUGAGUAUUUUUGAGUUAGUUCUAAAUGCUUAUUGGUUAAAUUGAAGUCUGAAUGUUUGGUUUUGCCGUAGAUCCAGAGAGCAGUUCCAUUUCAUCAAGAUUGCAGUUUGACAUUUGACCUCAGAAGGCUUAAGAAGCUAUGCUUUGAAUGUGGAAUGGUAUAUGUUUGCUUUGCUAAAACUGUAGCCACUCAGCUUUACUUCUGGUACCCUUUUCUGCACCAUUUCACUGUCAUCCCUCUUUCAUCAUCCAUUUCCCAUUCCAUCCCCCCUGGUGCAAGUCCAAGUGUUUUUUUUUUGUUGUUGUUGUUGUUGUUUUUCACUUUUCAGCCCCAUAGCAGCCUGUGUCAUUUUAUCUUCAAAGGGUUUUGUCUGAGCCAUCUCUGAAAAUGCUCACUCCCCACCUGUCGAGCCAGGUUUCUCACACCUGGCUCAGAAAGCGGUUGAUUGAUAGGGAGUGAACAGAACAACAGAUAUAAAAUGACAAUUUGAAACUUGAGUCUACUUAAUUUACAUUUUUGCCUUGAUUUGAAUUGAUUUCUGAAAAAGAAGCAACUAUUUUGUUAACCAGCCUCAUAGAUCUUGCUCGGUGCCGAUUGGUUAGUAGAGGUCAACAGAUGAAUUCUUCUCUAGACAAGAACGGUCACCUUUUGACAUUUUUAUUUGGUCCAGAUUUGAAGCAUUUUAGAAACAAGCCCAAAAAUGCAAUCCCUUAAAUAUGCAUUCAGGAAAAUUUCAGCCCUCUAAAAUUAAGUGAUCUAGAUGUUUCCAUUGCAGUGUUUUAUUGCAUAAUAUUUUGUAGGGUUUCCUGGUUCUCAGACUCACCCAUCAUUUCUGUCUCUGACAUUUUUAAAAAUGCAAUCUAGUUCACUUCAAGGGAGUUACGUUGGUCAAAAUCACAUUGUUCUCUUAAUCUGGGGUUUGUUCUAAAAAGUUGAGAUGACUUGCAUUUUGGAGUGAGGAUAUAAAAGUAUAUAUUUUCCCUGAGCUGCAGAUGGCUGUGCUUACACUUCAUUGUCACAAAGUGCAAGAAGAGAUGCCCUGACUUCUGUGCUGUCAACUGGUUUUGGAAUUUUAAAUACAGAGAGAAUAGUUCAACAAUAAAACUGAUUCUUUUGGAUACAG